AUGGCCAGCUUGACAUUCAAUUGGAAGGUUGCUUUUGGAGCUCUCCUAGUGUUGGAAAUGUUUGUUUCUCAAGCCACAUCUCGAGACUUGUAUGAAGCUUCGAUUUUCCAGAAACACAAGCAGUGGAUGAGUCGCUUUGGACGGGUUUACAAAGAUGAUAUAGAAAAGGCAAAAAGAUUCAAAAUAUUCAAGGAUAAUGUUGAGUAUAUUGAAUUUGUCAACAAAGCUGGGACUCGACCUUAUAUUUUAGGCAUUAAUGAGUUUGCUGAUUUGAGCAAUGAAGAAUUCAAAGCCAGCCGCAAUGGAUACAAAAUGUAUUCACAUCAACAAUUGUCGAAAUCCACAUCAUUUAAGUAUGAAAAUGUGACUGCUCCAGCUACUAUGGAUUGGAGAACGAAAGGCGCUGUUACUGGAAUUAAGGACCAAGGACAAUGCGGAUGUUGCUGGGCAUUUUCUGCUGUUGCUGCUACAGAAGGAAUAAACAAGAUCAAGACGGGUAAAUUAAUCUCUUUAUCGGAGCAAGAACUAGUGGAUUGUGACACAAGGUCAGAUAUGGGAUGUGAAGGAGGUCUUAUGGAUGAUGCUUUUAAAUUCAUAAUCAAGAACAAUGGGCUUACUACUGAAUCCAAUUACCCAUAUGAGGGAACUGAUGCUACUUGCAAAACUGGUAAAGAGUCCAACCAUGCAGCUAAGAUCACAGGUUAUGAAGACGUUCCAGACAAUAGUGAAUCCGCUUUGCUAAAAGCAGUUGCCAACCAACCAAUAUCCGUUGCUAUUGAUGCUAGCGGUUCAGAUUUCCAAUUUUAUUCAAGCGGUGUUUUCACCGGAAAAUGUGGAACUGAGUUAGAUCAUGGUGUUACAGCGGUUGGUUAUGGAAAAAUUGGUGAUGGAACUAAAUAUUGGUUAGUGAAAAAUUCAUGGGGAACAAGUUGGGGUGAGAAUGGAUACAUAAGAAUGCAAAGAGAUGUUGAUACUGAGGAAGGACUCUGUGGAAUUGCUAUGCAAGCGUCUUAUCCAUCUGCUUGA